AUGUGGCUUCAUGUAGAUGGUGCUUUUGGUAGCUUAGUCAUUCUUGAUCCGAAACGCCGCCACCUCGUUUCUGGUAUUGAUCAAUCUGAUUCACUUGCUUUCGAUUUUCAUAAGUGGCUUCAUGUACCAUACGAAUCGGGUUGUGUUCUUGUCCGCGACCCCAAUCUACUUCUUCAAACGUUUUCUGCCAAUCAAUCCUAUUUGUUAAAAUUCGAACGCGGGAUUACUGGUGAUGCUCCCUGGCCUAAUAGUUUAGGUCCUGAAAUGUCACGCUCAUUUCGUGCUCUCAAAGUAUGGUUUACAUUAAAAGAGCACGGGAUGAAAAAAUUAGGUGAAAAGAUUGCUGAGAAUUGUGAGCAAGCUCAAUAUUUAGUAUCUCUCUUGGAAAAACAUAACAGUUUCGUUCGGAUUGCUCGUCCUGUCGUACUCAGCAUUGUCAACUUUCGAUUUGAACCAAACGAACUUUCCAAAGCCAACCCUGAAGUAAUUGAUGAUUUCAACAACGAGCUCAUGGCCGAUAUUCAGGUAUCAGGUGUUGCAGCUCCGUCGACUACACGUAUUGCACAACGCCUCUACAUUCGUGUUGCUAUUACCAGUCAUCGAUGUAACCUUCAAGAUUUCGAUCUUUUUGUCGAGACUCUUAUGAAAUUUUAUCAUUCUCGACUACGAUCCAUCGGUGACAAAAAUGUGAACUGA